AUGGGUUUUGGUGGUUCCUCCUUUUCCUUCUCAUCUUCAUCUUCAAGCUUUUCUUUGCAACACACAGUUCUACCGUUAAAGAGAAAAAAUUGCUGCUUACAAACCUGCUUUUCAGUAUCUUAUAACAAGUUUGUUGAUUUUGCUUUGGAUGAAACCAAUCUCCAUACACCCUUGCUCCCUUCUCCUUUACAGGAAAAGUAUAAUUCGAUGAAUUCUACGGAUGGUAAAGGAGAGCUUAAUAUGCUGUCAUUUGAAGCUGCCAAGAUUAGGCUUCUGCGAAGUUUAAUGAUCGAGACAGAAAAAAUGCAGGUUUUGGACUUUGCUGUCUUUCCAAAAGCUGAGUAUGAUGUCCCCAUAUUUUGUGCCAACUUUUUCACGUCCGCUAAAACAAAUAUCGUUGUAUUGGACCUUAACCCCUUGCAUGAUAUCAUCAAUCAGGAAGAUUACAAGGAAAAGUACUUCAAAAGCUUAAUUCCUCUUGGCCUAAAAUAUGCUGAGCAUUUUCCAUGGGGAGGGAAGCUCACAAGUGAGUCUAUUAAAUUUUUUUCACCGAUUGUCAUUUGGACAAGGUUUACUUCAAGCCCGCAAAAAUACGAUAUUCUGUACUCGGCUUUCAGAGAUUAUUACAAGGUAUGGUUGGAAUUGAUAGACACAGCAGUAGAAGAGACAGAUGAAUAUCAAAUUUCUCGCAAUCUUGAAGCACAACAUAGAUAUUUGACAUGGAGAACCGAAAAGGAUCCGGGACACGGUGUUUUGAAGAGGCUGAUUGGGGAUACACUUGCAAAGGAUUUAUUAAGAAGCUUUCUCUUUAACGGAGUCGACGAGCUAGGAAACAAAACAUUUAACGACUAUUUUUCACUCUACAACAGCGAGGAAGGAACGUUAACUAAGAAAGGCGGUGUUGUUGGGAAGUCUUUCGAAAAUCGUCCAUGGGAUGCAAGAGGAAAUUUUCUUGGUCAAUGA